GCGGUGAUCGUUAGCGCAUGAACCGGAGCACGCGAUGGAAGAAGAGGACGCGAGAGACUACAAUGAACCUUGUGGAUAUUGUUCUGCUGUCAGCUGGAGCAUUACAGAAGAAGGCAGAUUUUAUUGCACAUCUUGUCACACUGUAAUAGAAAAGACUAGAGAAGUUCUAACUGGUGAUGUUACAACUAAUGCAAGGGCACAGUCUAUCUCUAGAGGAUUAAGAAAAAGAAAGAAUAAAUUUGAUAAAGGUUGGGAAUGGUUCAUAUGUGAAGGCUUUCAAUAUAUUCUUCAGAAGCAAGCAGAAGCUCUGCAGUCUUUAGGAGUUUCUUCUCAGAUGAAGGAUGAAGUUCUGUAUAAUUUUUGGAAAAGAUAUCUUCAUAAAAGCAAACAGGAUUACAGUGACAAGCCUGUCAAUGAUAUUACUCAAGAUAUUUUAUCACAGCACACUGACCCUGAAACAGAAGUUGAAACUACUAGUCUGAUUAACUUGGCUUGUUCAGCAAGUGAUACAGAUGUGAUACCAGAAUUUAGCUCUGGUGCUGCUUCUUCUAUUAGCGAAGCAUCAGGAAGGUCUGCCUGGUCUGGAUCAGUGGAUGGCAGUUCAUAUUUACAGAAAAGAAAGAAAGGGGAUCUGAGCUUGUCAAUGCCAAUGACUCUGGCUUUCUGCUAUCUGGCAUUAUUAUGGCUGAGAGAAUCAAUUACGUUAUCGGAUCUUUUAAGGUUGGUAAUGGAUGGUCACAUUCCUUACUUGAAUGCUUUUAAAGAUUUCCCAGAGGAGAUGAAGAUGUAUGGGUCUGACUUUAAGAUCUUUCAUGUACAGUCUUGGCCAAAGUAUGAUGAUGUUCUUAAAAAAAUGCACGCCCUUGCAGAAUUCAUGGACCUGCCUUGUUUUCCCGAUAUAACUGAGCGCAGCUUCCUUCAUCCAAACAUUCUUUGCAUGAAAUAUUUGAUGGAAAUUAACUUGCCUGAUGAUAUGAACAAAUGGACUUGCAGAGUGGUAAAAAAGAUUGGUGUUGGUGAAACAGACUUUCUGACGCUUCAUCCUGGUAAUAAAUCAGCUUGGACAGUGAAAUACGAUAUUCUUGCCACAGCUGUCAUUAUAGUAGUGCUGAAAAUUCUGUUCUUGCUGGAUGAUGAAUAUGAGUGGUUGCUAGCAAACUAUGCGGAGGAAAGAAACAAAAAAAAUGAAGAAGGUUGUCCAGUUUUUGAUAUUAGAAAAUGGUACAUGGUUGUAAAGAAUAUUCUGGAUGUGGAGCAGAAGAAAUUUAAUGAAGAAAGAAUCAGGCAUUUAUGGCGAUGUGAGAAGCCACUAUUAUAUUCAGCCUCUGAAAAGCACAUUGUCCUCAAGAAAAAACAAGUGGUAAUGGAUCUUCAGAGACAGUUUCGUACCCUGACUGGCUGCCUGGGGUUAACUGAGAAGCGAAAGCCUUCCCUUUUCCAGCUAAACUGGACUGAAGAAAGCACAAAAAUGAAUUGUUUUCAUGGGCACAGCCUGGCAGCAGUUUUGCAACAAAAAGGUGAUAUUUUUACCCCUCUGAACAGAGACUAUUGGUUGUGUACACUUAACAAGUGCAAGAAGGUGUGUGGUCAUCACAGCCAAUACAGUGAAUCAGAUUUUCCCCAUACCUAUCGGUUUGUGCUACAUCUGUUUUCCUUCCUCCUGAGAGUGCAGCCAUCUCUCAUCCAUGAAGAAGUAUCUACGAUAGAACAUAAACUGUUUCAUUCCAAACUUCAUAUGAAGUCCAGAAUAUUCAAAGUUCAAAAAAAAUGAGUCGUAAGACCAGAGGCUAUUGAGAAGAAUGAAGACCUGUAGUAACCAAAAAUCAUCCAUGUAACUUUCAUGCUCCAUUUCAUUAAUCUAAUUCCAUGGAAAUCAUCAGGUUAAGACAGAUGCGUCCUUUCUGCAAUUAGUUUACAUUUAGGUCAGCUUCAGAAAUCAUAUUCCCAAUCUAACAACCAAGCUUUGUGGAAGAAGAAAUCAUUGAUAGGUUCGAACGUUACCUCUGUUUUCUCAGGUCUCUCCUGCCCUAGCAGCCUUGGUUUUGUAGAAUAUUAACCAGUUUGUUAAACAACAGUUUUGUAUGAAAUGCAUAUAAUGCUGGUAAGCCCCCAUUUCCUGAACAUCCAGUCUGGGAAACUUUUGAUUGUGUGAUUCAUACAAAGUGGGUUUGCAAGCUAAAUUUGUUGGACUGGUAAUAUGUUUGAACUGAACCUUGCACAUCCAUACAUUCAGGGAACUUGCAGAAAAGAUGAGAUCUGACUAAUUACCAAGGUUUGUUUCUUCUGUGCAAUACCAGUGAUAUUAUAAAAUGUUCAUACAUUUAUAUUGUAUAAUAUAAAGAAUAUAAAUAAUGUUUUCUUUAUAUGCCUCUAUAAUAUUUUUCUUAUUAAAAUGUUGUAUUUAUUACCGCAAAAAAUAAAACCUGAUAUUUUGAAGUGUCACCUUUUUGGAAAUUAA